UGCAUUGCAAACGCUAGCGGAUUAGCGAUCUUGCCGCCCCUCCGUCUCUGUCUCUGUUUUUGCGCUUAUUUGGCACAUUUUAAUCCACUUAACGUGGUAAUUUUACUACACAUAUCAGCGGAGUAUUUUAACAUCUUAAAACACGAGUAACCAUUAAUGUUUGUAGUUUAAAUAGUGUCGUAAAUGCGCUAUCUUACAUGCUCUAGUACAGCGGCUUUUGAGGGUCCAGUUUUAAUAGACAAUAUGUAAUAUUGACUAAUGUUCGUUAUAAGGUAAGGUUCUAUUUAAAUAUUGAUGUGCUGUGAUACUUUUUAUUCUGAGACAGGGGGUUAGCGACAAGACACGGUAGUCACGUGACAACUAUUAAACCGGCUUUCCGGCGUCGUCGACAACAUAGUCACGUGAUAUCAAACCACGUGUGCCAACAACAGUGACAUCUCGUUUCGCUCUUUGUUUUGCACCAAUGACACCAUAAAGGCUCAAGUCUUGUUGGAGGGAGGGGUUGGGAUAACAUAAAAAAAAGUUAAGUGUUUCAGCUUCUGCGUUUGUUGGCGUUCCGUUGCACCGCGAUGAGUGCCAACCGGCGGAGUUCUGCAGCGAAGAGUCGGGGUGACGGCGAUGGUUCGCGGUGCUCCCUGCCUAAACUCCACACUGAGGCGUGCAAGUCCCACGCAGCCAAAGCCACGGAGACAAGGAGGCAGACUCCCUUUAUUAGAAGUGAAGAUGGCAGGACAAAAUUGCCGCCAAUCGGUCAGGUGGAGACAUGCCAACUGACUGCCAGGCGCAGCCUAAAUGAGCUCAACAGCAAAAAUGGCGACCUUCAGCUGAAGUUGAUAGUAGUCAAGACAGGCCACAGACUGCUGAAGAAUGUGCUGCACCGCCACUCGGCGGCGCUGCAGCACUACCAACACCUGGAGGGCAGCAUUACUCAGAUUCAAAACAGUCACAUCAACGAGGUCAAGGCCAUUCAGAAGUUGCUGGGCGACACGCGCAACAGCUGCGACGCUCUGGGAAAGAAGCUGCAGGACGCCCAGAAGGAGCUGUUCGACUCGAAGGUAAAGAUCCUGCAGCUUGAGACGCAGAUCCUCCAGAGCCCCACCUUGCUGGAGAAGGAGGCGCUCAGCCAACGGUUGGAGAAGGCGGCCGAGGAGAUGAGGGAGAAGGACAAGCGGAUAUGGAAUUUGGAGAGGAGUAACAAGUUACUUCAAAGUACUCUCCAUCGUCACGUGGCAGCGGAGCAGAGGAAGCUGUGUAGGAGCAACGAGAUGUUCUACUGUCUGCAAACGCAAGUUUACGAUCUAACCAAAGAAGUUGAAGAACGAAGGAGAGAGUCGAAAAGCCACAACAUUUCCGCUCUCAGGCUCGAUGUUGUAGAAAACAGGAAAGACAAAGUAAAUAAGAUGAUCCAGACCGAUGAAAUCCCCCCUGCACCCAAAGAGGUGGAGUAUUGCCUCAAGUCCGAGCCAGAUGAUAAUCACAGCUCAUCGAGCUCGGAUUACUUACCGCAGCGGUCAGUAGCAGUUAGAUACUUUAACAAGGACGUGCAGCGUACUCGGAAAUUUCCAGACUUAAAGGAACCCCCCGAUCAUCACACAGCAGGAGACUUUAUCGAAGAAAAGGAGGUGACGGAGGCCUCGCAGUUGUCCAAGGAAGAGGACCAAGGGGAGGAGAAGAGAAAAAGUCCAGGCUCCUCCAGAAUUGAUCAGGCCAUCGUCUCAACUUCCCCCACGGAUGAUAAAAAACCAGAGAGGCUCGGCCUAAUUCGACGUAAGUACGUGUACUCACCGGUGACGGAGAACCUGCACAUGGGGAGACCAGCGCACACCAAUUUGGAGCAGUGGGGGGGCUCCAGCGACACAGAAGAGAAAUCUGGCGGUCCGACUUCCACACAAGCGUUGGCUGAGAAACCAGGACUAAACACAGAUGAGGUAGACGACCACCGAGCUAUUCAGUCGGACUUUUUAAGUCAUGGCAGACAUUACUCGUGAUUGUUGCAGCAUCACUAAACAAGAUGUGUUGCCACGACGACUAAAUGCCUGGCCGAGUAUUGAGCCGUUUUGGCUGCGUGGGGAUGCCGUAGCUCUCGCUAGUGUACAUGACAUGCAACACGGACUCGGAACACGCUUACAUGAGUGGGGGCGCCAGGUGCGAAAAUGGAACGCUCAAAGAUUACAUUUACGUUGCAGGCCAAAGUGGCCAAAAUUUGAUUUUUUUCCAGCUGACUGCAAGUAAUAUUUGAUUUUUAUUAGACUCCAGUGUAAACACACACAGGCCCCAAUGUGGCACCAAUGUGACCCCUUGCAUGCUCACCUCGAUAAAGUGAAAUCAAAGGAAGUUGACCGGGAGGAAGUUGCUAUAACUACAAAAUACAAGUUUCCACACCCUAAAAA